AUGAUCAUCGGUGGCGACUUUAACACUUCCUGUACCACGGCCAAGCCGCAUGUGGGCACAGGCUUGUUGCCCCCGCCGCCCAAUUGGGCUUUGGAUCAGGAGGACUUCCAGGCUCUGUUAGUUGGUCUCGGUCUAUGUGCCAUCAAUACCUUCACCGACUCUGGCUCUCCACACACCUUCGCCUGGGGGUCUCAGCGUUCACACAUUGACUUUCUUCUCAUCAGAUGUGAUAUGGCGGAUAGGUUCUCACGCAUGGCCCGCCCGUUACACGAGUAUCCUGUGGGAGCGUGGCGAGGUGGCCCCAAACACUAUCCGGUCUUCGCAUGUAUCCCCUGGCAUUGGUGUCCGUGGCAGCGCACAGGCACCAUGCAGCGCAAACUGCAGAUUGAUAGGCAUGCUAUUGCGGAUGCACUGGCAGGCAAGGAUGACGAACGCGUCAGCUCAUUUCGGCAAGAGCUUCAGGCCUGCCUCCCGCAAGACGGUGCCGCACUGCAGAGUCUGCACGACGUAGUAUACACCAUUGCCGUUAAGCACUUCCCACGCAAACCCCCGGUUCGGGGCCCCCGUCCCUGGCAGGAUGGCACUCUCCAACAGUACGCUGCGCAUAUGUGGGGACAUCUCCGCUUAUUGCGGCGAUGGGCUCAGCGCUCUGGUGCGGCACGCUGCAGGCAAGCUUUGUUCCGCUGUUGGUAUCACAGUACGAAAUACUGGAACAUGCACCGACGAGCGCAGCAACAAGGCAAGUCACUCCGGCGAGCCAGGCGGCAAACCAUGCUAGCAGAGGCGGAACAGGCCAUCAGCUCUGGACAAUCCCGCCUCUUUUAUCAGCUCAUUGACAAACUAGCGCCGAAGGGCCGAUUUCGAAAGUUCCAGAUGAACAAGGGAGGCCAAAUUCUUACACCGCAAGAAGAAUUAGAAACAAUGCGGAAGCAUUUUCUUCAGGUCUUUAACCAUGGCAGUCCCGCCCAACCCUUGGCUGUUCCUGGUAUUGCGGAUGUUGAUCCUCCCACUCUGCAAGUCGAGCCGCUCGAGGUCCAACACUUCUUGGAUAAGCUGCCGGCACGAAAGGCCGGAGCCUCAGGCACGGUACCUGGGGCAGCCUGGUCAGGGCUGACCUGGAACUCUACAUCCGUAGUGUGCCUGGACCUCUCAUCUGCAUUCGACAUGGUGCCUCGUCACCUCGUGGCUGAGGCGCUACAUGAUGCUGGCAUUUCCGGUGCGCCUGCCGAGCUACUCAUGUCUUGGUUAUCCCAGUGCAAAUAUGCCCUUCACAUAGACCAGCUGCAUGCAGACAUCCCCACAACGCGUGGGGUAAAACAGGGCUGCCCCGCCAGUCCAUUAUUGUUCGCCUGCUUUAUGACUCUUGUCACUAAACGUAUUGACGUAUUGCUAGUCGCCUCUCUGAUGCCUGGGUCUCCCGCUGUCUUACUCUGUACGCAGAUGACUUCCACCUUGGAGAUCUUUUCCGCGCAGGCCAUCCUUACUAUGGACGGAGCACAACGGGGCACAGCGAUGCAAAAGUUGACCAAACAGACAGACGACGGUCGCAUGCUUCGAAUUCAUGUCAAAACCGGCGAGGAAUACCUGCCGAUAGUCAAACAGGCUGACUACUUGGGCGCUGUGACCACAUACGCAUCGUCAGCCGUACGACUUCCCCGAGCAGCGCUUCGUCGAACCUUCGAGGCUUCUUUCGGCCGACAGGAACCCGAUGAUGCACAUGUCAUGCCCUUUGAGCACCCGUGGAAUCGCUUUCUAGCCGCAGGCCUUGCGGAGCCUGCAGCAACUGGUAGGGACGCCAGCCCUGGCCCUGAGAGUGUCAGUGACCCGCUAUACUCGCCUCCUGCGGACCACCAGGUGGAGGCUGCUACGCCGGGUGCGCCGGUAUCCCUGCCGGAGGUUGAGGCACGCUUUCACUCGAUGGGAAGUGUUGGCCAAGCACAUCAGCUCCUGGAGCUGUCCACAGAUGCCGCUGCCCGCCACUCACAGGGCUUCUGCCUCUACGAUGGCUGCACCGCCCUCUGCCGCACCUGA